GUGAUAUGCAGGUGCAGCUGUAUGACCUUUGUACCAGUGGUCACCUGAGCACCAUGCGAGGCCACGCCCAGCCGGUCACGUCUCUCAACAUCCACAGUUCUCCUCCGAACACUCUGGUGACUGGGGCAGCCGACAGACGGGUGAGGGUGUUUGACACUCGGAGGGGGAGCCAGCCGGCCAUGACUCUGUCGGGUCACCAGGGAGCUGUGGUCUCCACUCAGUGCGAUGACUGGAAAGUUGCCAGUGGUGGGUGAGAGGUCUCUUCUACCCACUCUGUCCUUAUCUUCCUUGCAUUUUGUCAUACUAACAACGGCAAGUGAAUGUGAACGUAUUUAGUGUGGCUGUGCUAGCACUGAGGCACUGGCACCAGGUACAAUAAUACAGUGGAGCUUCCGAUAAGGGACCCUCCGAGAUAGGG